UAGCCAGUAUUAAUCGAUAGUCAGCUUCCGACGUAAUCCAAGAUGGCCCAGAUCCCAUUCCGUCAAAACUUCAGGAAGCCCUCGAGGCAGGCCUCGAUGGAGUAAGCAUUUCAUUACAUUACAUUACAUUGUACCUACCUUCGACAAUGCUAAACAAAAUUAGUCCUCACAACGAUCUGAACCCUCACAUUGACCACUACAUCGGCAUUGAUGUAGGGACUGGCAGUGCCAGGGCUUGUAUCAUUGAUGCUUCUGGUGACAUUAAAGCUUUGGCAACAGAGAACAUUGGGCUCUGGCAGCCAGAGACCGGAUACUAUGAGCAGUCUACAACAGAUAUUUGGCGAUGUAUUUGUACCUGUGUCCAGCGGGCACUGAGCCAGCACAACAUUGACCCUACAACCAUCCGCGGAAUCGGCUUUGAUGCCACUUGCUCUCUGGCAGUGUUUUCCAACGACACCGACGAACCUAUGCCAGUCACUGGUCCCAACUUCGCUAACGAUGGUAAUGAUCGCAACGUCAUUCUCUGGCUGGACCACAGACCCGUCGAGGAGGCAGCCAAGAUCAAUGCCACAGGACACAAUCUCCUUCGUUAUGUAGGAGGUAAAAUGAGUAUUGAAAUGGAGAUACCGAAGGUUCUUUGGCUUAAAAACCAUAUGCCGCCCGAGAUGUUUGAUCGUUGCAAGUUCUACGAUUUGGCAGAUGCGUUGACACAUUUGGCCACUGGUAAUGAGAUCAGGAGCUUCUGCAGCACUGUGUGCAAGCAAGGCUAUGUGCCUGUCGGGGUGGACGGUAGUGUAAAGGGGUGGCAAGAGGACUUCUACGAGACAAUUGGAUUGGGCGAUCUGGCUAAAGACAACUUCAAGCGCAUGGGUGGAGUUGAUGGGGUGAAUGGAAAAUAUAUGAGUGCUGGAGAACUCGUCGGAACGCUUAGCGAGAAGGCUGGUCACGAGCUUGGUCUCCCAGCUGGAAUUGCUGUUGGCAGUGGCGUCAUUGACGCAUAUGCUGGUUGGGUUGGAACAGUCGGGGCCAAAGUCAAUCUUGGCUCUGACCAGCUUGAUACCGACGUCCCUAAGAACGAUAUUUCACAAGCAUUCAGUCGUCUUGCGGCUGUAGCUGGGACCUCAACUUGUCAUCUGGCUAUGUCUAAGGACCCCGUCUUCGUCGAAGGUGUCUGGGGACCCUACAGAGAUGUCCUCCUACCUGGUUUCUGGAUGGCCGAGGGAGGUCAAUCAGCUACUGGUGAACUCCUUCGCCACGUUCUUGAAACUCACCCGGCAUACAAUGAGACCAUGUCAAUGGCCGAGUCCUUCAAUACCAGCAUCUAUGACUACCUGAACUCUCACCUGGAAGAAAUGCAAGAGAAGAUAUCUGCUCCAUCAGUCUCCUACCUGGGCCGCCACUUCUUCUUCUAUGGCGACCUCUGGGGCAAUCGCUCUCCAAUCGCAGACCCAAACAUGACCGGCUCCGUCAUCGGCCUCACCAACGACCGCAGCAUGGACGGCCUCGCCCUCUACUACUACGCCACCAUGGAAUUCAUCGCCAUGCAGACCCGCCAGAUCGUCGAGACCAUGAACGAGUCCGGACACACCCUCACCAGCAUCUUCAUGUCUGGAUCCCAAUGCCAAAACAAGAUCCUCAUGGAGCUCAUGGCUACAACCUGCAGUAUGCCAGUCCUCAUCCCACGAUACGUCCACGCUGCUGUCGUUCACGGCGCGGCUAUGCUUGGUGCAAAGGCAGCGAGCGCCGAUAAGGAGGGCAAUACCGAGGCGCUGUGGAGUAUCAUGGAUCGUAUGAGCAAGCCUGGAAAGGUCGUUAAGCCGGGCAAGAAUGCGAAUGAGAAGAAGCUGCUCGAUGCUAAGUACAAGGUUUUCUUGGAGCAGUGCAAGACUCAGCAAGUUUACAGAGCGAGCGUUGAUGAGGCUGUGGAGGGCUGGACUGCAUAGUUCUUCGGAGCGACGUUUGAGGUGCACAUGGGAAUGUAAAAACUUAGA